AUGACUAUAUCGAGGUUAAUACAGUAUGUAGGAGAUUAGUACAAGGUGUCCGGCUUGAAUGCCUGGUCUAUAGAUUAUGGUGUGCCCAAAAAUUUAAUUUUGUUUUACCAUCUCCAAUUUAUGAUAAAAUUAAUCGUAUACGAAGCUUUCUAAUUGGGCAAACAAAGAUAUGAAACGACUUCAAACCAAUACUGGGAAUGGUGCGAGACUCGAUAAACAUUCUGUGCAUGUUUCUAAUUCAAGGAUGCAAAAAUGCUGGCAUUAUCCCUCCCUCCUCCCCCCAUCCAACAGCUCCGCGGUCACUGUCCGGUUUUAAACCGGAACCUAAACUAAACAAACUGUAUUUACAGCAAUUUGCAUACAAGCACAAACCGCAAACAUUUUCGCGCGUUUUUUUACGUUUGGAACGGGGCGUUUACCGUUGGAAACUGAAAUGUAUUCACCUCUCAUGUGACGUGUCACAAAAGCCUUAAGCUAUUUUUGGCGCAACUGUCAUGUUUUGAUGUGCCUCCGUGCACGUUUCAAUAUUUCCAAGCCCAUGAUAUUACGUUCUAGUCACAAAAAGUAUGAAUAUAAACAAGUUUGGUCGCUCUUACUAUAUCGUGAGCUUGGAAAUACUGAAACGUACACGAAAGCACAUCAAAACAUGAAAAAUAACUGAAUUAGGCUUUGCACUGUAACACGUCACACGAGCAGUGAAACAUUUCUGUUUCCAACGGUAAACGCCCCGUUUCAAACGUAAACAAACGCGCGAAAAUAUUUGCGGUUUGUCCUUGGAUGCAAAUUGCUGUAGCUGCAUGGAUAACUCUAUCAUAUCUAUAAAUUUCGAUGUUCCAGCUUUAUUACUUGGAACAUAGAGAGAACCAUGCGGCGUUCACACUUUUCACACGCGAUUGAGGUGAAUAUCAGAGUUUUCUCCCCAUUUUCCACUUGCAUCUCUGCAUGAUAUUUUCUUAAAAUUUUCUGUAGGUUACCGUCUAAGCGACAAUGUAAUCAGUGAACACAACACACUGAAUUUCUUGAAAUGUUCUCUAUACUGUCUCAGAAAACCUUCUGACUGUAAAUCAAUCAAUUACAAAGCGAGAAAACAUCAACAUCCUUCCACCAACUGUCAGCUCAACAACGCCACGAAAACAAAACAUCCUCAGAAUUUGCAGGCUGAUAAAAACUAUGAUUAUUAUGAACCGCUGGAAAAGGUAUUUUUUAUCAAUUUUCUGUAAACAUGGAAAACAAAGCAAUAUAGGCAAGCAAUAAAUUUUUAUGUUCGUUCACAAAUAAAACGAAGAUGUUGAUCAUGUAUCCACGAUUUUGCAAUGCAUGUAAACGUUUCGCAAAAUCGCAUGCCGAAAGAAAUCAUUAUUGGAUGGCUCACUCGCGUAAUUUGAUCGUGUUCAACCGUGUUUACCAUGCACAUACUAAACUCCGAUUAGGAGGCAAAAUGAAUUUUCUGUCGUCAUUUGCCAGACUAUACAACAGCAUAUAAUAACCUGCUAAUGAGAAGAUCGAAUUCAAGUAUUAAAAAGUGGUUGAAAUUAAUACAUUAAGUUAUUAGAUUACCUGCUAACCGGCAGGUUCUGGCUUAAAUUAUGUAUUUCGGUCAGUGAAAAUGUACGUCGGCCAAAGCAUAUAUUGACAGUGCGAAUAAUAUUUAUCGCCCAUCAGCUGCUAGCUAUAACACAUGCGCAUAUACAAAUACUCACACUCAUAAUAUAUCUGCACAAGCCCAUGAUACAACACUAAGACUUUACAUUGCAAAGUUUUGUGGAUACUUUAACACUAAUGUAGUUUCGCAUAGAAAACGUGAUUUACUUUUGAAUCUUAUUGUGCUCUGACCCUCACCGUUCUGCUGAUAAACGUUCAAUCUAUACCCCAUAAAAUUACAAAAUUAUAAAAUGUCAUUUCUCCGUUUUUAUCAAAACUACUGAAGAGUUUUGAUGUUUUAGCAAAAAAACUAUAUUUUAUAUAAUUCCCUUGACGGCUGUCAUUUUGAUUUAAAAGAAUUACAGCCGGCAACGAAAAAAAAGAAAAAAAUAUAUGUUGUGUUAUAAAAUGGUUGUGUUAUACUGUAGGCUAUACCUAUAUAGUUAACAUUAAUUUAGUCCUUUGGGUUUUGCUUAGCUAUUCACAGCAACGUUGAAACUAUAUUUUUAAUCAACGAUUUCUUUAGAUAGUUUCUCAGAGAUAGGAAUCGAAUGCGGAUAUUUUAUCUAAUAUUUCGAUGGUAUAUCACUUCAUAAUUCAAAAUUAAAUAUAUUUGUAUUGCAGAAAAUAGAAAAACAAGAACCAGUAAAAUAUGGUAUGAUAACUUGAAACACAUUUACCGCAAUGAACAGGGUAAUCGUUGGCGGUUAGCUUAAGAUUAGGUUGAGGUUAGGUUGAAGUUAUAGUUUGACAUUAUGCUGAGCUUAGGUUGAAGUCCGGUUGUGCUUAGAUUGAGGUUAGAGGGAGGCUUGGUUGAGCUAAGUUUGAGGUUAUAGUUCGAGGUUACGUUGGAGUUAAGUUGAAGUUAAGUCGAAAUUAGAUUGAGAUUAGCUCGAGCUUAAUAAGUGAAAAUGCAUGAGUGAGGUUAAGGUUAAGGAUAGAGGUUAAGUUACUAUAUUGUCAGUAAAGAUGUAUUAAUGUACUUUUCCUUUUCAGCAAAAAGUUGUAAUGACCUGUUCAAAUCAGGCAAGACAACCACCGAGGUUUAUACAAUCGACCCGGACGGCCUGGGAGCUUUUCGCGUUCGUUGUGAUAUGGAGACCACUCCAGGGAGGGGUUGGACUAUAUUCCAAAGGCGUGUAGAUGGUUCUGAGGACUUUUACAGAAACUGGACUGAUUACAAAACUGGAUUUGGCAAUUUUUCUGGGGAAUUUUGGCUCGGUUUGGACAAGAUUCAUCGUCUCUCAGCCAGUGGGCAGAAUGUACUGAGAGUUGACCUCGAAACAUUUGAAGACGAGACAGCUUAUGCAAUUUAUAAAUCAUUUUCUGUGGGAAAUGAAAGCGAAGGUUAUAUUUUGAAUGUUGGUAACUACUCAGGUACUAAUAAAUAUAUAGCUAUAUAAAUCCCUUGAAUGCAUGUAUCCAGAAAUAAUUCCGUCAAUUAGAUUGAGGUGCCUCCUUCGUAAUUGGCAAUUUCCACUAUAGAAUUGUUACAAUUGCCAAAGCGAACGAACUGCUUUCUCUCUGAAAUGUAGCUUUCAAACCAGUUAAGGGCUUUACCUGAAACCCCAAUAUUGCUUAGACCAUUGAAAGUGGGCGGUUAUUUGUAGAAACUUGAUGGUCACCUGCCUUGAAGAGUGGUAUAAUUUCUGCUAUUUUCCAGCACUCAGGGAAUGCCGAGGUGGUAAAUGAGUUAUUAAUAAUGUAUGUCAAUAGGCCGAGUAUGACCGGGAGACAAUCCUUAAUAAUCCGCAUGCUAAUUUUGUCUGGUCCUGAGAUUUGGAAUUUCUCCGCAAUGGAAUGCUCUCUGUGGCUUUUUUUGCUUAAAAUGUUUAAUGACGUUAUGCAAUAACAAAGGUUAACAGCUAGGGAACCAAGCCUCGUUACGUCGGCACAUCAUGUGACCAAAAGGGGGCCGGGCGAGUAUGUAACAAGAGGUUGGCCGCGCAUUGGUGGUAUUAGUAAUCAUUGUGCGUUGGAAGCGUAGUAAACGUAUUAGGAACAAAUCCCGUUCAUUAGCCAGAGAAUUACUCUUCGAUGACAGGGCGAAUUCAGAUCUUCGAAGCAAAAUUUCUGCAUUUUAGGACUAGACGAGUUUAGCCAAUAGAUAUUGUUGUGAAGUAAAUGACUUUAUUUAAACUUAAACAGUUGCCUACAAAUGUAAGGCUUUAACUAACAAAAAUAUGGCGGUCAACUAAAAUAAUAUAAACAAAUGUACCACUCGAGUGCGGGCUCCCAAUACAGGUGACCCACAGUACUUCAUGUAAUGUUACAACAUUCACCCCAUCGUUUAAAUGUGUUCAAAUGUUAAGUCUAUCCGUUACAACAUUCACCCAAUCGUUUAAAUGUUAAGUCUAUCUGGCGGACGACACACCCGCUCAGAGCGUCGUAAAGGUGGAUGCGCCUCUACCGUAGAGAUGGGCGCCGGUUCCGCACGGGAACUGUCUUCAGUUGACACUGGGAUUGCUUCCGGCGACACCGGAGCUAUUUCAGAGGUUGAUGUAGGGGUCGAUAUCGGAAGCUGAGCUGGCUCUGACAGGACAACUCUUGCUGGCCUCUGGGAGCCAGGUGCUUUGUGGCAACGGUAGUCUCCCUUCCAUUCGGAUAGCGUAUAUAAGCAUAUUGACGAUUCGCUUGAAGUAGCUCUACCUCGUCGACAAGAGGAUCUGUCUUGCUGGCACGGACGUGACGCUUGAGGAAAACAGUGCCAAUGUGGCUAGCCAAGUGGGGAUGGAAGAGCCUGUAGAUGAUCUUCUUGGAAAACUGAAGAAUCGUUCGUGUGGUGUCUCAUUAGUUGCUGUGCAUAGGAGGGAACGAAUAGAAUGCAAGACAUCCGGGAAAACGACUUGCCAGUGCUUUGUUGGCAGAUUCUUGGAUCUCAAUGACUUAAUGGUUGCUUGCCAUACCACACCAUUGUACUUCUCAACUUGACCGUUACCUUCUGGGAAAUAGCUAGUCGUUCGGCUUGUGGCAAUUCCCUUAUCUGCGAAGAAAGCUCGUAACUCCUGACUCAUGAAGGCAGCACCACAGUCGGAGUGAACGUACGCUGGCAUUCCGAAGAGGGAAAAAAGAGUAACUAGGCAUUGAUAACUGUCGUUGUGGAAACAUCGGGACAUGGGAAAACAAAUGGGAACCUAGAGUAUUCAUCAAUGACAUUCAGAAAGUACUUGUUCCCGUUAAUGGUGGGUAGUGGACCUUUGAAAUCUAUGUUGAUUCUUUCAAAUGGUCGAGUGGCUUUGAUGAGAGGGACCUUUUGAGGCUGGUGGAACUGUGGUUUACAUUCACAACAUACACGGCAGCUGCUUGUGACUUUCUUGAUUUCAUCCAAAGAAUAAGGCAGGUUCUUGGUUCGCACAAAAUGGUAAAGUUGGGUUACUCCUGGAUGACAAAGUGACUCAUGAAGCUUGUGGAGAGAAUCUUGUGUAGUGGUGGCGCAUGUGGUUCUGGAAAGGGUGUCAAGUGUCAGGUGGAAUGUUGUCCUUUCCAGGUCGAGUUUUGAUAACUUGAUCUUCUCUGAUACAAUCCUGCAUUUUCUGGAAAUGUCAAAAAUGCUACAAUGUGUACACAAUAUGCCAGCAAACAUAACAUUUCUCAUUAUUGUCGGUGGUUAACCGUCACGGUUAACCAUGGUUAAUCGUUCCGCGUGACGUGAAACCAGAGGUAGAUAUUCGCCGCAAAGCACGAUAUAAGAUUAUUUAAUACAACUAUACCGUUAGCAAGAGCAGAAGAUGCACAAUUAAUUUGUCUAAUGCAUUUUUUCACCAAGCCUUCUCCAAACUUUAAGUUUAUGUACUGCACAUGCAUGUUGGUUGCAUCAAAAGCACUUGCAAAUCUAUCUGGUUAAAUUAACAUAUAGUGUUGAUCAGCGUUUUUUUGUUUAUAAAAGCACACAUAGUCGAAAAAAAUAAUAUUUUGUGUCUCGUUUUGAAGCUUAAAAAUCUCGGCAGAAAGGAAUAUACAAUAUAGGAAAAUACAAUCGAAUAACUUCAUAUAGGUCCCCCCCCAUUCCCCCACCCAAUGUUGCCAUGAUUUUCCUGUCAUUUUAAACGUAGUUCAACAACAUUGUGUUGGGGGAGGGGGGGGAUGUUUUAGACAAAGUACAGGAAUUAAAGUACAAUUCAAACUCUCACAGAGGCAAAUUAAAAUUUUAUUAACAAGUUAUGUCCACGAUUGUAGAACAUGUCGGGCAAAAAGCUCAUUUUUGGGUUUGAUAAAAAGAGAUUCCAAUAUCUCCAUGGCAGCAUCAUAGUCUGUACUAUCUUCAAUGUGUUGGAAGAUUGUAGGAGAUACAAAGUUGGCUAAAACUGAUAGUUUGUCGAGGUUUGCUUGAGGUAGGACUGACAAAAAGUUCACGAAGGUUCACUUCCAGUGAAGCCAUUCUUUGGACGCCAAAUUGCUGCUAGGAUCAGUUUCAAAUCAUUCAGGUCUUAGAACCUUAUCCAUUUAUUUUGUUAGUUAAAUUGUUGUGAAGUAAAUGACUUUAUUUAAACUUAAAUAGUUGCCUACAAAUGUAAGGCUUUAACUAACAAAAACAUGGCGGUCAUGUACCUCUCGAGUGCGGGCUCCCAAUGCAGGUGACCCACAGUACUUCAUGUAAUAUUACAACAGAUAUAUAAUUCUUCUUAAUAAUUAUUCUAAUUAUGUAAUUAAUUUGUAAUUUGAGUCUGCAGUUCUAUAUGACUCGCGAGGACUCUAUAUUAUAAGGAGCAUGUUGUAAUUUGUUCAUGUGGCAAAAAUUCCAACACAAAAAACGUAACUGAAAUAGUUGUUGCACGAACAUAUAGAGUCUAAACGAAUAUUUUUUCCAGUAUAAACAUAAAUUCUAACCCAUUUGUGCCAUGUAGCUUAAUUCAUAAAUCGAGGAAACUAAAGAGUCAAAUGCAAUGUUUGUACAAGUGAAAUAAAGUCGAGGUUAUAUGCGCUCAUGCAAGAAAUAUUCAACUAUCAUAUUAUUGUGGAACAAUCCUUUCUCAUUGUUCUCUAUAAGUAGAAAAAAAAGCAUUGACUGAAUCAAACACGUUUAUUUAUAAUUACAUAUAUGUCGUUUUGAGCGGCGAAUUAAGCAAGUAAAUACGAAACGGUCCUUGUUCAAGUGAUGUCGAAUUUGUGAAUUUUUUCACUCCUAUGCCUUUCUGGUUUCACUUUUUUUUAAAGAAUGUGCAUGGUUAGUCGUUCUCACUGAAACUACUGUAUAUGCUCUGUGUGUGUUUCUUACAAGUUUUUUUCCUUUUCGUAUUUGUGUCAGUCAUCCUUCAGAUACGCCGGACGCGAUUGAGCAACGGGACGAAUCUUACAGUAUUCAAAAGUAAAUAAAAAUUAAGCAAAUCCUCGAAAUUUUAUAGCCCCCCCCCUAAAUAUUCGAAAAACCUAAACCAUGAUCAAAGUUAGCUAUCAGUGAAAAAUUAUAUAGCUAUGUACUUUUAUUCACUAAACACGCUGGUUCGUAACAAUUUUCCGAAAUUAUAACUAUGCAUGCAACAUAUGAAAAAUAAUCCUUUAGGUGUCUGUGCUUAUUAGCAAAUAUUUUCAUGUUAUUUGUGUCCGUAAAAAAGUGACGUAUUUUGAUAUAGGUAACGCUGGUGACUCCUUAAACCUUCACGAUGGUAUGAACUUCACAACGAAGGAUACUGAACAUGGCGAGUGUUCUCGAACGUACCUCGGAGCAUGGUGGUAUAGUGGCUGUCACGAGUCCAAUUUAAAUGGUUUCUAUUAUCUGGGUCACCACAGUUCUUUUGCUGAUGGCAUAAAUUUGUAUCACUGGAAAGGUUUCCAUUACUCCAUGAAAAAGACAACAAUGAAAAUAAAAGGAAUUUAA